AGUGCCGGCCCCGUGCCCGCGGCCCCUCCGCAGCGCCCGCCCGGCCCCAGCCCGGCGCGCGGAGGAGCAGCAGCCUUUUCGGACCCAGCCCUUAUCAGCCCCGCCGUCAGGAUGUCCGAAAACCAGGCGAACGCCAACAACCACCACCCGGCCAACAACGCCGGGGCCGCCGGCGGCAACAACCGGGGCGUCCGCAACCCCAACCUCAACCAGAACCCCCUGAUCAACGUGCGCGACCGCCUUUUCCACGCGUUGUUCUUCAAGAUGGCAGUGACCUACGCGCGCCUCUUCCCUCCCUCCUUCCGCCGCGUCUUCGAGUUCUUCGUUCUUCUCAAGGCUCUCUUUGUGCUCUUCAUCCUGGCCUACAUCCACAUUGCCUUCUCCCGCUCUCCCAUCAACUGCCUGGAGCACGUGCGGGAUAAGUGGCCCCGCGAUGGCAUCUUGAGGGUGGAAAUCCAGCGCAACUCCAGCCGGGCCCCCAUCUUCCUGCAGUUCUGCGGGGUGGAGAAGUUCCCGGGAAUGGUGGUUGAGUCCCCCACUGAGGAAGAGGAGGAGGAAGAGGAAGAAAUGACUGUGGAUAUGUUUGAAAACAGCUCCAUCAAAUUUGAGCUGGAUAUCGAGCCCAAGGUGUUCCUCAAGCCGUCCCGGGUGAGCAGCACUGAGCUGCCCCACAAUGACAGCCAGGAGUUCUCGUUUAGUGACGCAGGCACUAAAGGUAUGCAGCCUCUGCGGGAGACUGUGUCCGAGUUUGAGAUGCUAGCCCGAGCAGUGUGGCCACAGGAAGAGUACAUUGUGGAAUAUUCUCUGGAGUACGGCUUCCUGCGCCUGUCCCAGAGCACGCGCCAGCGCCUCAGCAUCCCCGUCAUGGUGGUGACCCUGGAUCCUACCAGGGAUCAGUGCUUUGGGGACAGGUUCAGCCGCCUGCUGCUGGACGAGUUCCUGGGCUACGAUGACAUCCUGAUGUCGAGCGUCAAAGCUUUAGCUGAAAACGAGGAAAACAAAGGUUUCCUUCGCAACGUGGUGUCUGGGGAGCAUUAUCGCUUUGUCAGCAUGUGGAUGGCCAGGACGUCCUACCUGGCAGCCUUCGUCAUCAUGGUCAUCUUCACUCUCUCUGUCUCGAUGCUGCUGCGCUACUCGCACCAUCAGAUCUUUGUCUUCAUUGUUGACCUGUUACAGAUGCUGGAGAUGAACAUGACCAUUGCGUUCCCCGCUGCUCCACUCCUCACUGUCAUCCUGGCUCUGGUUGGGAUGGAGGCCAUCAUGUCUGAAUUCUUCAAUGACACCACAACCGCGUUCUACAUCAUCCUCAUCGUGUGGCUGGCGGACCAGUACGACGCCAUCUGCUGCCACACCAACACCAGCAAGAGGCACUGGCUCAGAUUCUUCUACUUGUACCACUUUGCCUUCUACGCCUACCACUACCGCUUCAACGGGCAGUACAGCAGCCUGGCACUUGUCACCUCCUGGCUCUUCAUCCAGCACUCGAUGAUUUACUUCUUCCACCACUACGAGCUGCCAGCCAUCCUGCAGCAGAUCCGCAUCCAGGAGAUGCUGCUGCAGAACCAGCAGGUCGGCCAGGGCACCCAGACCACGCUGCAAGACAACCUCAACAACAACACCACGGCCGCUCCGGUCGAGGCCGGGGGCCGCCGAGCCCCGCUGGCCCCCGGGCCCCCGGCGGAGGGCAGCGGUCCGGCCGCCCUGACCCCCGGCGAGGCCUCCAGCGUCAUCGCCGCCGCCUCUGUGGGCAGCGACCUGAACUGGGUGGCCGAGACGGCCGCCAUCGUGACGGAGGCGUCGUUUCUGUCUGACCUGAGCACGACCCUCCUGGAGCCCGCCGUGGUGCACGAGGCCGUGGCCAACGGGAGCCCUCAGGAGGCGGCCGCCGCCUCUGGGCUGGUGGCCCGCAUCAGGGUCAGCAGCGAGCGUCCGGAGACGGCCGUGGGCUCCAUCACCAUCGAGGUCACCUCAACGUCCGUGGUGGCCGCAGCAGACGCUGCCCCGCUGCAGGAGGGGGCGGCCCCCAGCCCCACCCUUCCCAAGCAGACUCAGGCUCUCGAGGGCUCAGACAGCCGAGCAAAACCCAGUGGCAAAAACUGCACGGGCAGCAGCGUGGCAGAGCCCCUGCCAGCCUCGGGCGGGGACAGUGACCAGGACAGAGGUUUGGAGGACCGGGGGGAGAGCAGCCCCUGCCCAGCACCAGCAGAGAGAACGCCCAGCUCGGAGCCGAGCUCCAGGAACCUGUCCUGAGCCCUGUUGCUGUCACUCUGGACUGCUGGGAAGGCAUUUGGAUUUUGUUUGUUACUAUUUCUCACUUCACCAUCAUCCUUAACCCAUGGAUCCCUCUGAGCAGAGCUGGAGCAGCUGGGACAGAGCAGGGCUGCAGUGACUUCCCUCUCCUAGGAAAGGCACGGGGGGCUGUGGGGAGGAUGGUGGGGUUUGGGCCCCUGCCCCACACGGCUCCAGGACUCCUCUGAGGCCACAGGUGAGCCAGCCACCCCUUCCCACCCUGCCUUUUCCUUGUCCUCAAUCCCCAGCUUUGCCCCUGCAGCUGUGUUUGCAGUCCGGGUGCUGAUCCCAGGUGGGAGCUGACCUGGGACAGGCCACAGGUGUGGCAGCUUUGUGGUUGGAGUAGGAGUAGGCAGAGUGUCCAGCCCCUGUGGGAGAGCCACGGAGGCUAAUCCUGGUCACCUCUCCUGCUCCUGAGGGGAGGAGGAGCUUUUACCUUCCCCAGGCACAAAGUCUGGCCAGGCUAGGGCACAACCAAAGCAGAAAGCUGCAGUUCAGCCCCGUUUUUUCUGUCCUUAAGCUUCCCUUGGCGGACGUGUUGGGAGGUGGGAGGUUCCGUCCCAGGAGCCCUGAGUGAUGCUUGGAGUGCUGCAGUGGGUGUCUGGAGAGGUGUGGGGCGAGGGCAGCAGCUCUGUCCUGCACAGCUCUGCUCUGGCUGAGGCAGCUGCUUUCCAGUGCCUUGUCCCUCCCAUGGGACACGUCUGUGUUUAGGAUCAGCCCCAUCCUGGAGGAGAUCGGCUCCUCGUGCCUGGACUGUUGCAUGAGCUGGUUUAGCAAAAAACCAAAAUACUAAAGCCAAGACAUUUCAGCUGUUUUUCCCAUGUUUCCCUGGCAGUGGAGGUGAGGCUGGCAGAGCCUCACACUUCUACCAAGAGGCUGAGCUGGGGGGCUGCCUGUGGACCCCUGCAGAGGGGCCAGAUCCAUGCCAGGAUGUGCUGGGAGGAGAGUUUGUGCAGGGAGGUGGAGCAGAGUGAGGCGGGAUGAAGCUCUGGGAGAACCGUGGUGGGACAGGGCAGGGACGUGUGGGCACUCAGCUCUUGGGGACAGCUGGCUCCCUGCACAGAUGUCCCCAAGUUCAGUGUUGUCCCCUUAUAGGCUGAGCAGUAUCUGGAGUCCCCCUCUCUCGAGGGCUCCGUGCGUUUCAGUGUUACCUUGUCAACACAGGGGGGCUCAGAGCCCCCUCUUCACCCCUCUGCCUUUCCCACCUGGGUGCCCUCUUCUUGUUUUUCCUUUUUGCCUGGAGCAGCCGUGGUGCUGCUCUGGGGCAGGGGGGACCCUGCUGUGACCAGCAGGUCAGAUCUUGCUGCUGCCAGCGCUCCUGAGAAGGGGCCUUGUGGCCGGCUGGCUCCCAGCCUCUGGAGUGCCAGGAAUGACCGGAGGCUUUUCAGAGGAGUGGGUGGGAGGGGAAAGCGGGGGGACACC